UGCGGCUCUGCACUUUCUUAGCUGUCUUUUGAUGAAGCCCAAUUUAUAAUUCUGUUUAAGCUGCUUCUUGGCACCUGCAUUUCCCCAGAGGGGGCUGCCACUGCUGUUUCCAUGGAUGAGUCCCAGGAGCGGCCAGCUCUGGAGCUGUCUGUGUGGCAGGAGACAGUGACCUUUGAGGACGUGGCUAUAUACUUCUCAAGGGAAGAGUGGGAAUGUCUGGACCCUGGCCAGAGGGCCCUCUACAGGGACGUGAUGCUGGACAACUUCGGGAGCCUGGCCGUGCUGGGAUUCCGUGGCCCCAGACCAGACCUUGUCUUUCGCCUGGAACAGUGGGAUGAGCCAUGGAUUGAGGACUGGGAGAGACCUGAGUUUCAGGAGGUGCAGAGGGGUCCCUGCCCAGGGGCAAGGAAAUCCGUUGACCACAAGACACACUGUGAUCAGCCAACCUGGGCUCAGGAGAAAGUUCACAUGCUAGAAAGAGCCAAAGAAGGAGUCGGCUUUAGGAAGAGCUUUGCUUUGAACUCAGACAGCGUGCGGCUUCCUAGAGCCACUUCAGAACGGAAAGCCUUUAAGCCCGUGGCUUUCCAGUGCAAGGUGUGUGGGGAGGACUGUGGGCACCGGCUGGGCCUCCAAGAGCACCGGAAGUGCCAUGCUGAAGGGCACUCGUUCAUCUGUGGCACGUGCGGGAAGGUGCUGAGCUGCCACAGCCGGCUCGCUGCCCACCAGACGGUGCACACGGGGACCAAGUCCUUCGAGUGCUUUGAAUGCGGCCAGGCCUUCAGGUGGGUUUCAAACCUUCUGCGCCACCAGAGGAAUCACACGAGCGAGAAGCCCUUCCGCUGUGAGGUGUGUGGACAGGCCUUCAGCCUGAAAGACCGCCUCGCACAGCACCGCAAAGUCCACACCGAACACAAGCCCUACUCGUGUGGCGACUGCGGGAAAGCCUUCAAACAGAAGUCGAACCUUCUGCGACACCAGCUGGUGCACACCGGGGAGAGGCCUUUCUACUGUGCCGACUGUGGCAAGGCCUUCCGGACCAAGGAGAACCUCAGCCACCACCAGCGGAUUCACAGCGGGGAGAAGCCCUAUACCUGCGCCGAAUGCGGGAAGGCCUUCCGGUGGCCCAAGGGCUUCAGCAUCCACCAGAGGCUGCACCUAACAAAGAGGUUCUACGAGUGCGACCGCUGUGGGAAAGGCUUCCGCCACCUCGGCUUCUUCACGCGGCAUCAGAGAACUCACGGGCGCGGGGAAGUGUAGAGGUGCCCGAUGGGUGGUCUGCACCUCUGCUGGAGUAUCGGGAAGAGCUGCGGUGAGCAGUUGCUCUUUAGCCCAGAAAACCAGCCCGGGAAGAAGCUUUCCCAGUCCUCGAGCUCCCCGCAUCCCCUGCCAUCGCCUGGCUCCAUCGGUCAGAGCUUGGGAGCUGGUCACACCCUUGAAUUGUUGAAUCACAUUGGGUCUCGCAGCAGUGGGAGGCAGCCAUGUUCACCACAGGGGGUGUUGGGGGAAGGGGCGACCUCUGUGUCCUAUACAUAGGGUGUCUCUGCCUGCCCUGCCACAUGGAGCUGGGAGGGCGGAGGCCCUUACUGCGAGAGUGGAUGAAGGGACCGAGCACUUGUGCUGCCCAGUUCAGGUCAUCCAAGCAUUUGGUGAGGAAUGUUGCGUUUGUUUUGUUUUAUUUAAGAAUUCCAGCUAACACGCACAUGGGACGAUGGAAUGAGAAUGGGUUUACAGGAAAUAGGGGGAAGUAGAGGAACCCACCAAAAGGAAGUACCUGGCCAGGUCAGACAGGGACAUGCCACCAGUAGUCAGUGGCAUUGAGAAAAGCCCGAGGGGCUGCACAUGACCCUGACUUGAGCAAAACCAACUGUAAGAAGUCAUUUUUGAGACAGUCAUGGAAAUCUGAACAUGGGCUGGGUAUUGGGUGGUAUUGAAGAAUUUGACGAGAGGAUGAAGUGGUUAUGUUUUAAGAAGUCCUAAUCAAGAUGCAUUCUGAUAUUUAUGGGGAAAUGACAUGGUGUCCAUGAUUUGCUUUAAAAUUCUAAUAAAAGACAAAACGGAUGACAAAAUGUGGAUAGUUGUUGAAGCUAGGAAGUGGGUGUGUUUGAAAAUUUCCAUAAUUUUUUCUUAUUUACAGGAUAUUUUUAAGUUCAUUAAUACAUACGAAGAUUGUUCAAAUCAUCCAUUAAACCAUGAAGUUACAAUA